UGCUUCGUUCUAGUGCCGGCGUUAUUGGGAAACAUGAGCUGUGCCACAUUCUCGGCGAUGCGGAGAGAAAUGCUGUGACGCCCCUGUGCAGUCGGGAGGAAAACGGGUGCUACCGUGUGUUUACUCGACGGAUAUGCACACGUCAAGAUGACGUCCACCUUUCUUAUUACCGUUCUCCUAGGGGCUGGCUUAUUUUUGCUUUCCUCCACAAGGGCCGAACGAGUACUUGGGCUAUCUCCCCCGUUUUACAAUGGUUCGUUUCGGGCGCUCGGCGAGAUCAUCAGGAUGAGUGAGGACUCCACCGUCAAAGAAAUAAUGAUUUUCGAGGAGCUCUACGACAGCUCGAAUCUCAGAGCGGCGCUCAGAAUUCGCUCAGCUAACAAGACGUUCACCUACUUUCAAGACAUCGAGACCAGACAGACCUUUCUUCAUACGUCAUCAGCGCACAAUGCAACGUGUAACUUAAUCGGGAUGAAGCCGAAGGGCGACAUCUUCGGUCCUCUGGUGACACAAGACGGAUGGCACUACUUCUACCUCAAGGAUCUACUAUCGUCUAUACUGUGGAAAACGACACCCGAUCAAGCCCACUAUCCCGCACGAAACAUGUCCUGUGACGUGUGGGUCAUAAACACCGAACACGCCGGGAAGCCUCUCAUCAUCGCCAUGGCAGUAAACUCAAUAUCAUGGGGUUCAACUACCGACACUAUACAGGCACCUGUGUCUGUUCGCAUACGGUAUGCUAAUAGUCAAGACGAAGACCAGACUGAAAUUAACGUAUUCAACUUCGCCGCUCUGGGUGACAGCAUUCACAACGACCUUCUGCAGCUUCCAGAUGGUGUCUUCUGCGGCGGAUACAAGAAGGCCGUCUCUCUGCCUCCAAUUCGUGAUUUGAAGAUUUUCAACUACCGCGUGGAGAUGACCUCAUCCCGAAACAAUGCCACACUCUAUAGUGACGUUUGGGUCGAUCUAGACCGCAAGUUGUACCGAAUAGAUUACACGCCCAUAAAUGGCACCUUUGUCCGGCGUAGGAGAGCCCUUAUCGUAUCUGGAAACGAAGACGCAAUCUACCAGAAAAUUCAGAAGGACAACACACGUUGCCAUGUUAAAAGCAUACUUGACUUGGAAUACGAUGUGCAAAUGAUCGCCGAUCCAAGCUACAUCAAGCACAUGACACCGGCAACGUUUUUCAGCGGUGACGACAAUGACAUAAAGUUGACAUACAAGAAACAGACGGUGAAGCGAGGAAUCCCGUGUCAUAUGUGGGAAGUACUGCGCACGGACUGGCCUCCCGACUCGGACGGCAUCUCCACGCUGUGGGAGUGGUGUUUCGUGGUGCCCAAAGGGCAAGAGGGAAAGCGUGCAUCUGGCGACACAUAUAUGGUGAGCCUCGACUUAACAGUGAUUAGGGUCUCGAGCGGCGGCGAAAACCCCUUGUCUCUCGAGGAAGGCACUCGCUUCAGCUACAACUUGUACGACUCGUUCAAGAAUCCGCCGGAACUGAUCAAUUUGCGUGGCUUCGACAUCUCGUCUUGUUACAAAGGCAACGAUUCGGUGGACGCCUUCCUCGAGGUGGAACUUUCACCUUCUGACUAUACAACGCUGUCAUCUUCCUCUACACUCAACGACCCUAAGUUUCUGUCUGCUUGGCGUGAAGCGCUCGACCAGGCUUCCUUUCUUUCGGACCACUCCCUGCGCAUCACGCACAUCAAAGGGUAUUUCUCGGAAGAUGGCACACUGAUUGUCACCUUCGUGUUGCUGGACCGAUUCCCUGCUAACGCGAAGGUAGGGAUUGAGGACACACAAGUCAGCAUCGAGGAAAUGGAAGACAACUUGAACAAAUCGGUCAGCGAAGGCAGGCUUGGAAUUACGUACAAAGGGGUGAACCUUACAGCGUCGUCUUGGGGCUUCGGACUGCCCCUAACGCCGAAACCGCAACCUGUGCCUUCAUUGACAACCGCGACGCCUGUUCCCACGCCAACGAGCCUGAUAACUACUCCGACCGAGGAAGUAAAAACUCCGGCCGAGGAAGUGACUACAGCGGCGUCUUCGAGCGCGACUUCUGCCAGCGCCCCCACCACACCUUGGGAGAUCGUCACCGACCCUGUGGUUACGGACCACACGCCCCAUGAUUGGGACACUACAACGUCUGCGUUCCACGUCAUAACCGAAAUUCCGAUGGCCUACUCCGCCUACGCGACGCGCUACUCUCCUGGUGUAGUCGGGGGAACGACGGCGGGGCUCUUCGUGCUGGGAGCGCUGAUCGGGGCGUCGGCUACCUACGCGAAGAGCACGUUCUUUCCGACCGCUUCGCUUCCCACGACGGUGUUUCACUGAGCACCAAAAUCUCAGUGACCGCGCAGGCGCUCCAGCACAAUAUGGCCAAUGUCCACCUCUGAGCUGUUCAUUUAUGGAGUAAGGAAAUUGACACGAAAGUCCGCACACCUUAAAAUUAAGAUGAGAUUGCGGCACUCAAUGUAAGAGAGGCUAAAUGGCUCAACCUUUUGCUGCAGUACGCUGCUUCCUUCUACAUGCCACGUAUGUAACCAUAGGCCACUGGUGCUGCAUAUUUGACAGACUUAUUUUUGUACAUUGAUUAGAGAAAACAA